AAUUAAAACCGGGUUCGCCAAAGUAAAAUGGAUCUUCUCCGCACCGCGUAUUCACCCGCUUCAGACGACGACGACGACGACGGAGAAGAACAUGGAAGGCCAUCACAACCCUCAUCGCCGAAGCGUUCAAGACUCGAUUUUUAUCCUCAAUUUUACCCUCAAUUCCCUGCUAAACCCUUCCUACCGCCGAUUCUUCCAAUCCCCACCAAGUAUCCUCCGGCCGAAACUCUUAUCACCGGCAGAUAUAUCUCCAAGAGAGAGAGGGCAGCUCUGGAGGCUGUUACAACAUCUCCUGAAUCAACUUCACAUACCACAGUUUCCAUAUCGCCUGGAAGUAUUUCUGAUUCAGAUCUUCCGCAUGAUAUUUUAAACAUGGUGAGGAAUCAGGGAAAGGCUCAUAUGCGGCUAGGAGAGAUGCCUGAAAGGCUUUCAGUGGUUCUGAAUGGCCACUCCAAGUGCGUGAAUGCAGUUGAGUGGUCUGAAACCCAUGCUCAUCUCCUUGCAUCUGCUGGAAUGGAUCAUACAAUCUCCAUAUGGAAUGUCUGGAGUAAAAACAACAAGAAAGCUCGUGUCUUCAGCAGUCACAAUGCGGCAGUUAAAGAUGUGAAAUGGUCAAAAAAUGGGUUAUCUAUCCUUUCUUGUGGAUAUGACUGCUCAACAAGAUUAACUGACGUUGACAAAGGAUUGGAGACACAGAUUUUUAAGGAGGAUCAAGUUGUUGAUGUUAUAAAGUAUCAUCCUGAUAACUCCAACCUCUUCCUCUCAGGUGGUUCCAAGGGCUUCAUUAGUUUGUGGGACAUUAGAUUGGGAGAAAUGGUUCAUCAAUACAAACGUGGUCUUGGACCUAUCCUUGAUCUUGAAUUUAACACUGAUACCAAGCAAUUCAUCUCUUCAACAGACAUAUCCAGAAGCAGAAUCAGCGAGAAUUCUAUCAUUGUUUGGGACAUAUCUCGUGAAAUUCCCUUGUCUAAUCAGGUUUAUGCAGAAGCAUAUACCUGUCCCUGUAUUAGGCGACACCCAUUAGAGUCCUAUUUUGUUGCACAGUCUAACGGGAACUAUAUAGCAAUAUUCUCAUCGAGACCUCCCUUUAAGCUUGACAAGUACAAGAGAUAUGAAGGCCAUGGGGUUUCGGGUUUCCCCAUUAAGUGUAGCUUCAACAUGAAAGGAGAUAUUCUUGCUUCAGGCAGCUCAGAUGGGUGCUUAUACCUUUACAAUUCGAAAUCGUCCAGGCUUGUGAAAAAGAUCAAGGUCUGUGAACAGGCAUGCAUUGAUGUUAGUUUUCAUCCUGUCAUACCUAAUGUGAUUGCUUCAUGUAGCUGGAAUGGCGAUGUUUCAGUGUUCGAAUGAAACUUUAUAAUUUCUUUUUCUUCAAUUUCCUUACUUGUCAUGAAUGAAACCCGUUUAUACAGUUUUUAUUGUCUGUUUAUUAAAAGUACUUGAUUCUUUUGGUAAAAAAUAUGAAGUUUUGGCCAAUUCAUUUGUAAGGCUCUUAUUUAGAACAUAUUUGUAUAUUACCAGAUUCUGCAGUUGUUUGUUUG